CCCCUCCCCUCUUCGUCUUUAUAUCACCUCAAAACCUAACCCUAACCCCCCCUGAAAUAAAACAAGAUCUCAUCUUUUUCUCACCCUCACGCCGCCGUCGUCGUGGUCAUUGUCGUCGACGCCGUUGCUCCUCCGCUCGUUGACGCUAUUGAUCCGCCGCCACUCGUCGUGGGGAGCUAGUGCCGCGGUUGGUGCACCACAGCGAGGAUCUUUCGGUUUGAGGUAUGAAUAUUAUCUGAGCAGGGAGGCUAUCCCUCAUAUAGGGAUGAAGUCUCCGGGUCGUGAUAGGUGACAGGUGAUAGGAGGGAACGUGGGGACCAAAGCAACGACAGUUGCACUAGUAGCUAUAGCUGUCGCUUAGGAGGCUACUACAAAAGUGGCAUUAGCAGCCUUGACUGCAACCGCAGUCGCAACUGCGGUUUCCAGAAGUCUUUGUGGAGUGCUUGUUCUUUUUGGGCAUUUCAAGAGCGGCGUUCCAUGAGGGAGUGUGAGGAGAAGACAGAGAGUGGGUUGGGAGAAUACGGGGGUGUUAAAUAGGUCGAGAAAGUUCUCGAAAAUUUGAAGUUUGUUACGAAAUCAUACGAAGUCGUGUCGUUGGUGAUCAAAAAGUUGUUAUUAGUAGGGUUUACAGGUCAAGGUGCUGAGUAGUCGUUCGGUGUUUUCACAUCUAAAAAUUAUUUUGGGAUAGAGUCCAUAGGUCAACUGUUAUGAGGUAGGGUCCAUCGAGCUAGACGUACAUCGGGUCCACAUCAGCUUUACCCUGUCAGUGUAAAACAAUUCUAACCAGUUCACCUAACAUGCUGUCACACUCAAAUUGCAUGCUUGCUUGUCCAGCCCACCCCGUCUAUCAAGCAUGACACUUUAGGUGGAUUCGAGUUCGAUUAAAAUAAGUAUAUUAUAAAAAACUCUCAAUCUAAACUAGAUUAGAAUCCGAAUUUAAUUCAAAAAUGUUAAACCUGCAUAAUCUGUCCUACCCGCAUAAUCCGCCCGAUCCGAAAAAAAAUUCAUAUUUUCUCUAACAUUUUUUACUUUUAUCCUAAUAUUUUUUCAUCAUGCUAUCAUUCUAUUAUUUAUGUUAAAUUCUGAAUUUUUUAAAAAUAAUUAGUUCAAAUUUAAGAUUAAUUAUCCAAUUUGGGCAAAAGUUAUUUUGUCCUAAAUAGGUCACACCAAUUCAAAUGGGUUGGUUGGAUUGAAGGGGUCAGAUUGGACAAUCUGAUCAGGCCAUUUGGGUUGGUUAAUUUGAUUAGACGAGUAAUUUUAUUGGGUUACAUCAAUCAGUUGAUCCGUAAGGGCUUACAUCAAUCAGUUGAUCCGUAAGGGCUAAAUGGAUAGGUCUUUUUGGCAGGUUGAAGUCAGACCAGUUGGUAAGUCCUAGCUGAUCAAUCUAGGCAUGCCAAAUCAAUGGGAUGGUUUUCUGGCUGAUUGGUUCAAGCUAGUUUGUUGAGUAAGCUGGGUCCAUUUGUGCUUGUGGGUUGGCUGUGAUGAUCAAUCAAGGCAAAAUAGUUGGAUCAAUUAAUUUGAACUAGUCAAGUGGCCUGACCUACUUACGACAAAUUAACUUUGGCCCAAAUUGCAUGAUUAAUCCCAAAUUUGAAUUGUUUAUUUUUUUUAAAAUUCAGAAUUUAACAUAAAUAAUAGAAUGAUAGUAUAAUGAUAAAAUAUUGAGAUAAAAGUGAAAAAAUUAUUGAAAAUAUAUAAAAAAUCCUGGUCGGGCGGAUUAUGUGGGUAGGUUGGAUUAUUCGGGUUUAAAAUUUUCAGAUUCUGAUCGGAUUUUGAUUGAGAGUUUUUUUACAGUUUUCUUAUUUUAAUCUGACUCGAAUCUAUUCGAAGUGUCAUCCUUGAUAAACUGGGUGGACUGGACCAGGGUUUUCAAUAGCGGUGAAUAGCGCGCUAUCGCGCGCUACGAUCAGCGAACGCUCUGCAGCGUUUGCUGAUUAGCGAUUGUCCCGAAUAGCCCAUGCUAUUCGGGACAAAAGCGUAGAUAGGCGUUAUCAUGACUUAGCGGCCCAUAGCGGACACUAGAAUUGUAAAUUGCUUACACAAUAAGUAGGGCAAAGGCAUCGAAUCGUGACCGUCGAGGUAGGGCAGAGGCGACAGGCGGCGAUCGGCGAGGGACAACUUGCGAGAGGCGAGCGGCGAGCUGAGACCUGUGAUCGGCGGGCGACAAGGCGAGCGGCGAGCAGUGACCUGUGAGUGGCGACGAGGGACAACGAUUGGAGGUAAAAUUUUCUCCUUCCUUUCGUUUUCUUCGUUUUUUCGUUUUUUCUUUUUUUAUCCUCAAAGGAGCAAGGAUUUCACGAGUCGGGUAUCUGGAUCGAGUGAUCGAUCCAGAUCCUUUAUGUUCGAACAGGGCAUCUGGAUCAAUCCAGACCCUGGAUCGAUCCAGUGAUCGAUCUAGACGCCCUGGAUCGAUCCAGUAUCGAUCUAGACGCCUUGGAUCGAUCCAGUGAUCGAUCCAAUGAUCAAUCUUCUAAAUGCCUUGAUUGAUUCCCAUUUUUUUCUAAUUAAUUAAUUAUUUGUUCUGAUUUUUUUCUUUUUUUUUUCUAGGAUUUUGAUUGUUUGGUUAGAGUUUGCAAUGUCUACGAUUUUGUCAAAAAAGGAUAAAAAAGAUAUUGGUUGGAAAUAUUGGUAUCAAAAUGAAGGGGAAAAAUCUGAUCGGUGCAAAUUUUAUCAUCAUAUAUCGAAUGAAGGGAUUACUCGCUUGAAGGAAUAUUUAGCUCAAACUCAUAAAGGGGUUGCACCUUGUGUUAGUGUUCCGGAUGAUAUUAAGAAAAGAAUUUGAAAAUCACUUGACAAAAUUAGAGCAUCUAAAAGCAAACAAACUGAAUUGUUACGAGAGAUUGGUGAAUGUCCUCAUAGUAUGAGUAUGCAAUCAUCAAAAGUUGGAAGUGUAGGGGAAAAUUCAAUUGGAUGUUCUGGUAGUGGUGAAUCAAAAGGUAAAGGUAUCCUUCAUGGAUUUGUUAGUUCUGAACCUCGACAAACAACUCUAAAUUCGACAUACAAAAAAGAUUUAUUUGUUGAUGUGAAGCGUAGAGUUGGUCGUUUUAUUUAUUUUGCCGCAUUUCCGUUUAAUGUUGUGAAUGAUCCUUAUUGGUUAACCGCCUAUGGUUGAGGGCAUUGCGGAAUAUGGAAGAUGGUUCAAACCUCCUUCAAUGCAUGAGUUUAGAACUUGGAUACUUAAAGUUGGGGUUGAUGGCAUCAACCUAAUAUAUGAGGAGCAUAAAAAAGUAUGGAAAAAAUAUGGAUGCACUAUUAUGUCCGAUGGUUGGACGGAUGGAAAGAAUAGAAGAUUGAUUAAUUUUUUGGUAAAUAGUUCCGCCGACACUUUCUUUUUGGAAUCUGUUGAUGCAUCAACUUCUAUUAAAAAUGGGGAAUUGAUCUUUAAAUAUCUUGGUGAUGUUGUUGAUGAGGUGGGAGAGGAAAAUGUAAUUCAAAUUGUCACGGAUGCUUCGAAUUGCAUUAAGGCGAGGAAAAAAAUUAUGGAGACUAGACAUAGAAUUUGGUGGACACUUUGUGCGACGCAUUGCAUUGAUAUAAUAUUGGAGGAAAUUGCAAAGUUGUAGAUUUUUUCCGACACAAUUGAGCAAGCAAAGAUGGUUGUGUAGUUCCUUUAUGCUCAUGAAACUAUACUUUCUUUGAUGAGAAAGUAUACAAACGGUAAAGAAAUUCUCCAUCCCGCUGUUACUCGCUUUGCUACUUCAUUUCUGACUCUUCAGAAUAUGUAUAAGGUUAAAAGGAUACUUGAACAAAUGUUUACUUCCAAAGAUUGGGUUAGUUCACCACUAUCUCAAACAACUCAGGGGAAGGUCGUGAAGAGAAAUUGUUAUUAAUGAUCCCAACUUUUGGCCACAUGUUACAUUUUGUGUUAUGAGUGUUGUUCCUCUUGUAAGUGUGUUAAGGGAAGUUGAUUCGGAGGAGAGAUCGACCAUGAGAUAUAUUUAUGAACUUAUGGAUAAGACAAAAGGGAUAAUAAAAUUUAAUUGUGGGGGAGUUGACAGAAAUACAAGUCCAUUUGGAAAAAAAUUGAUUCACGAUGGACUCCACAACUUCAUCAUCCUCUACACGCGGCAGGGGGUACUAUUUGAACCCGCAAUUGCGUUAUGAAGAAAGAUUUUCUGAUUGUGAUGAAGUUAGAGAUGAAUUGUAUACUUGCAUGGAUAGGAUGUGUUUGCAGACAUCCAAUUGGACUUGUAUAAUAAAGCUGAAGGAGAAUUUGGAACUCCAAUAACAAAACGAACAUGAAUGUUGCGAACUCCGGGUAAAAUUUUCUUCUUGUAAUCGUUCUUGUAAAAUUAUACUAGCAUUCAUAUUUAAAUUAUGUACAUUCUUUUAAUUUUUUUUUAAUGUUAUUACUUAUUAGUCUCGUGGUGGGAACGUUUUGGAAGUAAGACACCCUACAUUUGCAAUUCGAGUGCUUCGUCUCACCUUGUGUUAGUGUUCCGUAAGAUAUUAAGAAAGAAAUUAGAGAAUCAUUUGACAAAAUUGGAGCAUCUAAAAACAAACAAAUCGAAUUAUUACGAGAGAUUGGUGAAGGUCCUUAGAGUAUGAGUAUGCAAUCAUCAAAAGUUGGAAGUGUAUUGGGAAAUUCAAUUGGAUGUUCUGGUAGUGGUGAAUCAAAAGGUAAAGGUAUCCUUCAUGGAUUUGUUAGUUCUGAACCUCGACAAACAACUCUAAAUUCGACAGACAAAAAAGAUUUACUAAUUGAUGUGAAGCGUAGAGUUGGUCGUUUUAUUUACCCUGUCGCAUUUCCGUUUAAUGUUAUAAAUGAUCCUUAUUGGUCACCUAUGGUUGAGGGCAUUGCGGAAUAUAGAAGAGGGUUGAAGCCUCCUUCAAUGCAUGAGUUAAGAUCUUGGAUACUUAAAGUUGGGGUUGAUGGCAUCAACCUAAUAUAUGAGGAGCAUAAAAAAGUAUGGAAAAAAUAUGGAUGCACUAUUAUGUCCGAUGGUUGGACGGAUGGAAAGAAUAGAAGUUUCAUUAAUUUUUUGAUAAAUAGUUCCGCCGGCACUUUCUUUUUGGAAUAUGUUGAUGCAUCAGCUUCUAUUAAAAAUGGGGAAUUGAUUUUUAAAUAUCUUGGUGAUGCUGUUGAUGAGGUGGGAGAGGAAAAUGUAAUUCAAAUUGUCACGGAUCAACAUAUUCCGUGACACUUUGGUAGACACUUUGUAAUUCAAAAUGUAAUUCAAUUUUUAAAUAUCUUAAUGCUUCGAAUUGCAUUAAGGCGAGGAAAAAAAUUUUGGAGACUAGACAUAGAAUUUGGUGGACACUUUGUGCGACACAUUGCAUUGAUCUAAAGUUGGAGGAUAUUGCAAAGUUGAAGAUUUUUUCUGACACAAUUGAGUAAGCUAAGAUGGUUGUGAAGUUUGUUUAUGGUCAUGGAAUUAUAAUUUCUUUGAUGAGAAAAUAUACAAACGGUAAAGAAAUUCUCCGUCCCUCUGUUACUCGCUUUGCUACUUCAUUUCUCACUCUUCAGAGUAUGUAUAAGGUUAAAAAGCCACUUGAACAAAUGUUUGCUUCCGAAGAUUGGGUUAGUUCACCACUAUCUCAAACAACUCAGGGGAAGGUCGUGAAGAGAAUUGUUAUUAAUGAUCUCAACUUUUGGCCACAUGUUACAUUUUGUGUUAAGAGUGUUGUUCCUCUUGUAAGUGUGUUAAGGGAAGUUGAUUCGGAGGAGAGAUCGGCCAUGGAAUAUAUUUAUGAACUUAUGGAUAAGACAAAAGAGACAAUAAAAUUUAAUUGUGGGGAAGUUGACAGAAAAUACAAGACCAUUUGGAAAAAAAUUGAUUCACGAUGGACUCCACAACUUCAUCAUCCUCUACACACGGUCGGGUACUAUUUGAAUUCGCAAUUGCGUUAUGAAGAAAGAUUUUUUGAUUGUGAUGAAGUUAGAGAUGGAUUGUAUACUUGCAUGGAUAGGAUGUUGUCUAUCGUCUUAAAGCAGACAUCCAAUUGGACUAGUAUAGUAAAGCUGAAGAAGAAUUUGGAACUCCUAUAGCAAAACGAACAAGAAUGUUGCGAACUCCGGGUAAACUUUUCUUCUUGUAACCGUUGUAAAAUUAUACUAGCAUUCAUAUUUUAAAAUUAUAUACAUUCUUGUAUUUUUUUUAAUGUUAUUACUUAUUAGUUUCGUGGUUGGAACAUUUUGGAAGACACCCGAGCUUACUACAUUUGCAAUUCGAGUGCUUGGUCUCACCUUGCGUUAGUGUUCCGGAUGUUAUUAAGAAAGAAAUUAGAAAAUCACUUGACAAAAUUAAAGCAUCUAAAAGCAAAUAAAUCGAAUUGUUAUGAGAGAUUGGUGAAGGUCCUCAGAGUAUAAGUAUGUAAUCAUUAAAAGUUAGAAGUGUAGGGGGAAAUUCAAUUGGAUGUUCAGGUAGUGGUGAAUAAAAAGGUAAAGGUAUCCUUCAUGGAUUUAUUAGUUCUGAACCUCGACAAACAACUCUGAAUUCGACAUACGAAAAAGAUUUACUGGUUGAUAUGAAGCGUAGAGUUGGUUGUUUUAUUCACUCUGCCGCAUUUCCGUUUAAUGUUGUGAAUGAUUCUUAUUAGUUGCCUAUGAUUGAGGGCAUUGCGGAAUAUGGAAGAGGGUUGAAGCCUCCUUCAAUGCAUGAUUUAAGAACUUGGAUACUUAAAGCUGGGGUUAAUGACAUCAACCUAUUAUAUGAGGAGCAUAAAAAAGCAUGGAAUAAAUAUGGAUGCACUAUUAUGUCCGAUGGUUGGACGGAUGGAAAGAAUAGAAGUUUGAUUAAUUUUUUGAUAAAUAGUUCCGCCGACACUUUCUUUUUGAAAUCUAUUGAUGCAUCAACUUCUUUUAAAAAUGGGCAAUUGAUCUUUAAAUAUCUUGAUGAUGUUAUUGAUGAGGUGGGAGAGGUAAAUGUAAUUCAAAUUGUCACGGAUAAUGCUUCGAAUUGCAUUAAGGCGAGGAGAAACAUUAUGGAGACUAGACAUAGAAUUUGGUGGACACCUUGUGCGGCGCAUUGCAUUAAUCUAAAGUUGGAGGAUAUUGCAAAGUUGAUUUUUUCUGACACAAUUGAGCAAGCUAAGAUGGUUGUGAAGUUUCUUUAUGAUCAUGGAACUCUACUUUCUUUGUUGAGAAAGUAUACAAACGGUAAAGAAAUUCUCCGUCCCUCUGUUACUCGCUUUGCUAUUUCAUUUCUCACUCUUCAGAGUAUGUAUAAGGUUAAAAGGCCACUUGAACAAAUGUUUGCUUCCGUUGAUUUGGUUAGUUCAACACUAUCUCAAACAACUCAGGGGAAAGUCGUGAAGAGAAAUUGUUAUUAAUGAACCUAACUUUUGGCCACAUGUUACAUUUUGUGUUAAGAGUGUUGUUUCUCUUGUAAGUGUGUAAGAGAAGUUGAUUCAGAGGUGAGAUCGGCCAUGGGAUAUAUUUAUGAACUUAUGGAUAAAGCAAAAGAGACAAUAAAAUUUAAUUGUGAUGGAGUUGAUAGAAAAUACAAGACCAUUUGGAAAAAAAUUAAUUCACGAUGGACUCCACAAUUUCAUCAUCCUCUACACGUGGUCGGGUACUAUUUGAAUUCGCAAAUUGCGUUAUGAAGAAAGAUUUUCUGAUUAUGAUGAAGUUAGAGAUGGAUCCUAUACUUGCAUGGAUAGGAUGUUGUCUAUCGUCUUAAAGCAGACAUCCAAUUGGACUUGUAUAAUAAAGUUGAAGGAGAAUUUGGAACUCCAAUAGGAAAACGAAAAAGAAUGUUGCGAACUCCGGGUAAACUUUUUUUUUUGUAACCGUUCUUGUAAAAUUAUACUUGCAUUCAUAUUUUAAAAUUAUGUACAUUCUUGUAAUUUUUUUUUAAUGUUAUUACUUAUUAGUCUCGUGGUGGGAUCAUUUUGGAAAUAAUACAUCCGAGCUUACUACAUUUGCAAUUCGAGUGCUUGGUCUCACCUUGUGUUAGUGUUUCGGAUGAUAUUAAGAAAGAAAUUAGAGAAUCACUUGACAAAAUUAGAGCAUCUAAAAACAAACAAUUCGAAUUGUUACGAGAGAUUGGUGAAGGUCCCCAGUGUAUGAGUAUGCAAUCAUCUAAAGUUGGAAGUAUAGGGGGAAAUUCAAUUGGAUGUUCAGGUAGUGGUGCAUAAAAAGGUAAAGGUAUCCUUCACGGAUUUGUUAGGUUUGAACCUCGACAAACAACUCUGAAUUCGACAUACAAAAAAGAUUUACUGGUUGAUGUGAAGCGUAGAGUUGGUUGUUUUAUUUACUCUACCGCAUUUCCGUUUAAUGUUGUGAAUGAUUCUUAUUAGUUGCCUAUGAUUGAGGGCAUUGCGGAAUAUGGAAGAGGGUUGAAGCCUCCUUCAAUGCAUGAUUUAAGAACUUGGAUACUUAAAGCUGGGGUUGAUGGCAUCUGCCUAUUAUACGAGGAGCAUAAAAAAGCAUGGAAAAAAUAUGGAUGCACUAUUAUGUCCGAUGGUUGGACGGAUGGAAAGAAUAGAAGUUUGAUUAAUUUUUUGGUAAAUAGUUCCGUUAACACUUUCUUUUUGAAAUCUAUUGAUGCAUCAGCUUCUUUUAAAAAUGAGCAAUUGAUCUUUAAAUAUUUUGAUGAUGUUAUUGUUGAGAUGGGAGAGGAAAAUGUUAUUCAAAUUGUCACGGAUAAUGCUUCGAAUUGUAUUAAGGUGGGGAAAAACAUUAUGGAGACAAGACAGAGAAUUUGGACAUCUUGUGCGGCGCAUUGCAUUGAUCUAAUGUUGGAGGAUAUUGCAAAGUUGAAGAUUUUUUCUGACACAAUUGAGCAAGCUAAGAUGGUUAUGAAGUUCCUUUAUGGCCAUGGGACUAUACUUUUUUUGAUGAGUAAAUAUACGAACGGUAAAGAAAUUCUCCGUUCUGCGAUUACUCGCUUUGCUACUAGAUUUCUCACUCUUCAGAGUAUGUAUAAGGUUAAAAGGCCACUUGAACAAAUGUUUGCUUCCGAAGAUUGGGUUAGUUUACCACUAUCUCAAACAACUCAGGGGAAGGUCUUGAAGAGAAUUGUUAUUAAUGAUCCCAACUUUUGGUCAUAUGUUGAAUUUUGUGUUAAGAGUGUUGUUUCUCUUGUAAGUGUGUUAAGGGGAGUUGAUUCAGAGGUGAGAUCGGCGAUGGGAUAUAUUUAUGAACUUAUGGAUAAGACAAAAGAGAUAAUAAAAUUUAAUUGCGGGGGAGUUGACAGAAAAUACAAGACCAUUAUGAAAAAAAUUGAUUCUCGAUGGACUCCACAACUUCAUCAUCCUCUACUCGCGGUCGGGUUCUAUUUGAAUUCGCAAUUGCGUUAUGAAAAAAGAUUUUCUGAUUGUGAUGAAGUUAGAGAUGGUUUGUUUACUUGCAUGGAUAGGAUGUUGUCUCUCGUCGUAAAGCAGACAUCCAAUUGGACUUGUAUAAUAAAGCUGAAGGAGAAUUUGGAACUCUAAUAGCAAAACGAACAAGAAUGUUGCGAACUCCGGGUGAACUUCUCUUCUUGUAACCGUUCUUGUAAAAUUAUACUAGCAUUCAUAUUUUAAAAUUAUAUACAUUUUUAUAAUUUUUUUUUAUGUUAUUAUUUAUUAGUCUCAUGGUGGGAACGUUUUGGAAGUAAGACACUCGUGCUUACUACAUUUUCAAUUCGAGUGCUUGGUCUCACUUGUAGUGUUUCGGGAUGUGAAAGAAAUUGGAGCACUUUUGAAUCGGUGAGUAUUCUAAGUUUCUAGCUCUACUUGAAUUUUAAUUGUUUUAUAAUUUUUAUAUCAUUGUUUAUUUUUAAUUUUUAUAUAUGUUUUCUUAUUUGUAAUAUUAGAUUCAUACAAAAAAGAGAAAUAGGCUUGAACAUGCAAAAUUGAAUGCGUUGGUGUUUGUAAAAUAUUACUUCAAACUUAGGGAGAGAAACAUUAGGAGGAGAGACAAGAUUGAUCCCAUCGUAGUUGAUGAAAUUAAUUCGGAUGAUAAAUGGAAAACUAAGAAAGAAGGUCCAGUUCUCUCCAUAACUACUAAAUGGCUUGAAGAUGAUGAAUUAUUUGAAAGUGAUCCUAUUGUGAGUGUGCCGUCGGAUACUUUUGAAAGUUUUUUCGACUCAGAUAAGCGAAUCGAAGAUGUUGUGGAUAUAGUUGAAGUUCCUCCUACGAAUUAAAAAAAAAAGAGUUGUUGAAAAUUCAAGUAAGCACUAAGCAUAUGCAAUUUUUUUAUUUAUAUUUACUUCACCUAUAAUUGAUUCUUAAAUGUCGUAUCUUUUAUAUAAUAUUUGGAAACAAAGACAAACAAGCAAAGUUGAGUCUUGUUGAUGUGGAAGGUAAUCAUCUUGAUACUGAAAAUUAUGGAGGAAUAAUUCCAACAACUUUUGAUAUUGGAAAAUUUUCCAACCAUAGACACUAUUGAUGAUGAUAGUGAUAUAGAAUUGGAUGAUACUAAUUAUUUUUAGGUUAUGUUGUUUUAAUUAUAAAUUUUUUUAAAUUGUUAUUAUGGGAUAUUUUGACAUGUAAUCAAUUAUUAUGAUUAAUUUUAGGUUAUGUUAUUUUUAUUUUACUUAUAUAAGUAUAUUUUAUUUUUUUAAAAUUUAAAUAUUGACGUGCACGAAAAGAUUGCGCUAUACGCUUCGCUAUUUACGUUACGCGAUGACAAGACAAAAACGCUAUGAACCAACGUUACGCGAUUUAAAACACUGAUCACUGGACAAGCAAACAUUCAAUUCGAGCGUGACAACAUGUUGGCUGAACUGGAUUAGAAUGAUCUGAGCAGACUGACGAGGUGAAGCUAAUCUGUGGACUCGACAUACGGCUAGUUCUUUGGUCCUACCUCAUAACAGUCAACAUGUGGACCCUAUCCUAUAACAACUUUUAAAUGUGAGAACAUCGAAUGACUACUCGACACCCCGACCUGUGCAUCCUAAUCUCAUAAUAGAAAUCAUGCAUUACUUGGCAUUCUGACCUGUGGACCUUACUCGUAACUACUUUUCGAUCACCAACGGCACGACCUCAUAUGAUCUCAUAAUAAAUUUCGAAUGUUCGAGAAUUUUCUCAACAUAUUUAACACUUUCAUGUUCUCCCAACGCACCCUCUGCCUUCCCCUCACUGUCUCUCAUGGGACGUCACACUCAAAAUGUCCAAAAAGAAAGAGCUCUCCGGCGGAAACUUUUGAAAACCGCAGCUCCGCUAUGGUCGCAGCCGCGGUUGCUGAUGCGCUUUUGCAGCGGCCUCCCAAGCAGCAGCUACAGGCACUUGCAACAGCCGCUGCCUCGAUCCCCACGUUCCCUUGUGCCACUGCCUCGGCCACAUCUGGAUCCUGCCUCGGAAUGGUGCGGCAAACAUAUUAGGUUGGAAUGAGAAGGCUUGAUGCUGACAAAGAUCAGAAAUCUCUGUUUUUCUUUUUCGAUAAACGUCUCAGUCAAAACUGAUUCUCUGAUUUGAAUUGUUAAAUCGAAAUUAAAUGCAAACUUCAAUUUCUAUUCUAUUCGCUUUUUAUUUUC